AUGGGCUCCAAUGAUGUGCCACCGGCCCAUUGCCCGUCAUGGGUAAUCCCCACGAGCACCGCUCUGCUCGGCAUCGGCGUGCUCUUCUGGGACGCGACCUACAUCUUGAUGACGCGCCGCGCGCUGGCUACCAAAACCUACGGCAUGCCGCUCCUGGCACUCGCCCUCAACGUCUCAUGGGAGCUCGUCUAUUCCUUCUACGUCAGCGAGAUGAUCCUGGAGAAACUUGGGUUUGCCUUCUGGCUCUUGCUUGACAUCGGUCUCAUAUACACCACCGUCCACUUCGGUCCCGAGGCCUGGCGUUAUACGAAUCCGUGGGUGGGCCGGAACAUCGGCUGGAUAUUUGCUCUUUUGACCGCCGUCGGAUGCGUGGGUCACUACGCCUUUGCGGCUUGGUGGAUGUCCGAGCCUCACCGUGGUUCCGGCGAUAAGACGGGCAAGUUUUGGGCGGGCCAGAAUGGUUAUGACGCCACCGAGGUGGCCUUUUGGUCCGCUGCCGUCUGUCAACUUGCGGGCAGCGCGGGGAGUCUCGUCAUGCUCAUUACCCGGGGGCAUUCUGGGGGAACAAGCUAUCUGAUUUGGUAG